AUGGCUUCUUCCGAUAAGAUCUUUUCCCUCGAGGGAAAGGGCCUCAAGCUCGACACUGCUGAGGAUCUCGAGCCUCAUAUUGCCCCUCUUCGAUCCGCAGACGUCGAAGAAGUUCGUAUUUUGGGCAACACUCUGGGUGUUGGCGCCUGUAAGCUUCUUGGUGAGGUUCUUGCGACCAAGAAGAACCUGAGAGUCGCAAACUUCGCCGAUAUCUUCACCGGCCGACUCCUGAGCGAGAUCCCUGACGCCAUCUCUUCGCUGCUUACCUCCGUCCUCAACCUUCCCAAGCUCAACACUAUCAACUUGAACGACAAUGCCUUUGGGUUGAACGUCCAAGCGCCUCUCGUGGCCUUCCUAGCCGCCCACGUGCCGCUGCAGCACCUUUACCUGAACAACAACGGCAUGGGCCCUCACGCUGGUAUCCUCAUCGCCGAUGCGCUCUCCGAGCUUCACGCCAAGAAGGAGGCUGCCCGAAAGGAAGGGAAGGAAGUUCCCGAUCUCGAGACUGUUAUUUGCGGCCGAAACCGAUUGGAGAAUGGAAGUAUGACGGCGUGGGCAAAGGCCUACAAGCUGCACAACAAGAUCAAAGUGAUCAAGAUGGUUCAAAACGGUAUUCGACAAGAAGGUAUCUCUCACCUUCUCGCCGAAGGUCUCAGUCACGCCUCCGAACUCGAGGUGCUCGACCUGCAAGACAACACUUUCACCGUCACUGGGGCCCGAGCUCUGUCAAAGGUUGUUGCCAACUGGACCUCACUCCAGGAGCUCGGAGUUGGUGACUCCCUACUUGGUGCCAAGGGUGGUGUCCUCGUGGCAGAUGCUCUGGCUAAGGGAAAGAAUGCUAAACUUGAGACCCUGCGUCUACAAUACAACGAAAUCACCUCCAAGGGUAUCAAGGCCUUCGCCACUGCCGCCAAGGACGGUCUUCCUGCUUUGAAGCGAAUUGAGAUCAACGGCAACAUUCUCACGGAGGAUGACGAGUCAAUCCCCAUCCUUCAGGAGCUUCUCGAGGAGCGCAAGGAGAAGUUCGGUGGUGAUGUUGUCAACGAGGAUGAAUGGGGUGUUGACGAGCUGGAGGACCUUGAGGAGCCAGACAGUGACGCAGAGGAAGAGGAAGAGGAGGAAGAGGAGAUUGAGCCUGAGGACCGAGCCGAGAAACUGAUCAAGGAGGCCGAGGAAGCUCAAGAGGAACCUGUUAUUCCUGUCAAGGACAAGGAGGUGGAUGAGUUGGCAAAGAAGCUCGAGAAGACUGGAAUUUAA